CAGGCGUUCCCUGCUUGCUCCACCCCCAGCUGAUCACGUGACGUGUUUUCCCCGUGACAGGUUGAAGUGAAGAAUGACCUUCAAUAUCAAGAUGAAAUUGAUCGGCCUUCUGCUGGCACAACAUCCUGGUAAGAAUUUGCGCUGCCACAUACGGCACCAGGCUGCUUGCUACAUGGGUAGUAAAAGCAUUGCAUCGCCCGCUGUCGGUCCUGAGGACACCCAGCCUCAUUUAGUGUUGGAAGAAUUGAAGAUUCCGUUUUCCCAUGCAUCAAUCGGACACUUUUUCCAAGAUCAGCCUCGGUUGGGGAACCAGUUCCUGGAGGAUUCUCUUCUCCAGGGUUACCUCAAGAAACAUCUACCUCCUGUGGUAUUGGAAGAAGCUGGCAAGGACCUGGAACGUUUUGGGCAACGUUUAGUAGAUGAAAUUGACUCCCUUGGACGUGAAUGUGAACUUAAUCCACCACACUUGAAGCAUUAUGAUGCCUGGGGACGAAGAGUUGAUCACGUCAUCACUUGUCCAGCUUGGCAAAAGAUGAAGGUAGUUUCUGCAGAGGAAGGCUUGGUGGCAGAAGCAUAUGAGAGAAAAUAUUCUAGCUGGAGCCGCCUGAUCCAGAUUGUAAAGCUCUAUCUCUAUUCACCGUCCUCUGGAUUGUUCAGUUGCCCUCUUGCUAUGACUGAUGGUGCAGCAAAGGUCAUAGAGUCACUGGGUACGCCAGAUGCACUUCAGGAUGCCUUCAGACAUCUUACCACUCGAGAUCCUGAAAAAUUUUGGACAUCCGGCCAGUGGAUGACAGAACGCAAAGGAGGAUCAGAUGUUGCACAUGGCACAGAAACAGUGGCUUAUGCCCAGACAGAUGGCACUUACAAACUAUACGGGUACAAAUGGUUUACAUCAGCCACAGACUCUGACAUGACUUUGACUCUAGGCAGAGUGGUAGAUGCACAAGGACACAUUUUGACGGGCACAAAAGGAUUAUCGCUUUUUUACUUAGAUGUCAGAGAUGCCAAAGGACAGCUAAAUGGAAUUCAGGUUCAGCGGCUUAAAGAUAAGUUGGGUACGAGGCAGCUGCCAACAGCAGAAUUGCUGCUUGAUGGAGCGAAGGCCUUGCAGAUAUCACCUGAAGGUCGUGGUGUUGCUUCAAUCUCCAAUAUGUUGACAAUAACUCGCAUUCACAACACAAUUGCUGCAGCUGCUGGCAUGAGAAGGGUGCUCAAUCUCGCCAGGGAGUAUGCUUCAAAGAGAUUUGUAUUUGGCAGUCUGAUAAAAGACCACCCUUUGCAUAUGCAGACUAUGGCACACAUGGAGGUGCAAGCUCGUGGAGCUUUUCUUCUGCUUAUGGAGGUUGCACGCCUGCUGGGGCUGGAAGAAACAAACAUGGCAACUGAACAGGACCAACAUCUUCUCCGACUUCUUACUCCCAUCACCAAGCUCUUCACAGGGAAGCAGGCUAUUGCCGUCAUAUCAGAAGGACUGGAGUGCUUUGGAGGACAGGGUUAUAUGGAGGACACAGGUCUGCCAGCUAUGUUGAGAGAUGCCCAAGUGCUUACAAUAUGGGAAGGAACAACCAACGUACUGUCCCUGGAUGUCCUGCGAUCAGUCGUUAAGAGCCAAGGGCAGGUUUUAAGUGCAUUUUUCUCUUCUGCUCAGGAAAAGCUAGAAGCCUCAUCUAAUAUUCCCAGUCUGUCUCAAUCCACUUCCCGAUUGCUGCAAGCUCUGCAGAACCUAAAAGAUUUCACAAAGAAGGCGGGAAUAAGAGGAAACGGCUUCAUGGAACUAGCAGGCCGUGAUUUUGCUUACAGCCUUGCUAAAAUCUAUAUCGGUUGCCUCUUUGUGGACCAUGCAGCUUGGGCUGGAGCAACAGAAUCAGAUGCAUAUUGUGCUAAAAGAUGGUGUGAACAAGAGCUUUGUCCUGUCAACACUGCUGAAGCUUUUGGAUGCUACAGUUCAAAUGCAGCAUCCAUGGACAGACAGAUUGUCUAUGAAAAAAGCCCUUUGUUAAAGGGAAAUCUAUAAGUUAUUGAUUUUCCCUGAUUUAUAUUUAACUUUUAAGGACCCGUUUAAUGGUUGCACACCUAAAAAAAAUUGCUAAAUCAGCUUUUUAUUAAAAUACAAGGUGGUUCAAAAGUAGGGACACUUGAAUAAAUAGGAAAUGGUGGCUGGGAAUGCCAUCCUGUAUGUGAAAUUUUGCCAAGGGGAAGGGGGCAAAUAUGUGAGGGGUUGUAUCCAACAUGGCAGCUAUCUGGGAACCAAGUUGAUAUUUUCAGAUGGGAAGUUACAUGUGACAUAUGUAACCGGGAGGGAAUUUGAUGAGAAAAUGGCUGCUGUGUUAGACACCACCUCUCACAGAUUUGCCCCCUUCCCCUCAGCAACAUGUCAGACAUAGGAUUGCAUUCUCAACCACCAUUUUCCGUUUAUUCCAGUCUCUCCAUACUAUUGGGCUACCCCGUGUAUAACAAAUAGGAAAACAAAACAUCUCAGGUGUCAAUGGGAGAGUACAAAUAUAACCUACGCAUUUCUGUGAGGAGCUGUGUCCAACAUGGCGGCCAUUUUGAAAGCCGACAUCUUGGAACCAAGUCAAUAUUUUUAAAUGGGAAAUGGUGCAUGUGACAUGUAUCUGUGCUUAAAUGCAGGUCUGGGACGAGGUAUUUUGGUGCACUAAGCAGAUGAAGUAAAAGAUGCCCCCUCCCAACAAAACCUACUUCAUCCUAAUAAUAAACACCUCAGCUGCUGCAGAACCUCAUAAUACACACCUUUGCUGCUGCAGAUGCUCAUAUUACACACGUCAGCUGCUGUAGCGCCUCAUAAUACACACCUCAGCUGCUGCUGAACCACAUUAUACACCUCAGCUGCUGCAGUACCUUAUAAUACAUACCACAGCUGCUACAAAACAUCAUAAUAUAUACCUCAGCUGCU